AUGUACGAAUGCGAGACCUGCACCGCGUUUUUUUACGACCCGUAUGAGCGCGACGACCACAUGGACGAGUAUGGCCAUUGGCCUGAAUGUGAGAUCUGCCCCCGCACUUUCCGCACCCAACGCGCCUGCAAUCAACACAUGAACAACGCAGGCCAUUGGGCUCUACGCUACGAGUGCGAGACCUGCACCAAGUCCUUUCGCUCUCUGAACGCCGCUCAUCAGCACAUGGACUCCAAGGGCCACUGGGCACGCAGAUGGCCCUGCGAGACAUGCAAAAACACAUUCUACACGGAGGAAGCAGCCGAGCAGCACAUGCAAUCGCUAGGCCAUUACCGGUACUACUGCAAGACGUGCGACCGGCGGUUUCAGAACGAGAAUAACCUGCAGAUGCACCUCAAUUCCCAGAUUCAUCGUGGCCGCAACGUCCAGUGUCCCUUCUGCAAGGUCACGUACACGACCGCGUCUGGCCUAGGCCACCACCUCGAGACCGGUGCAUGCCCGCGGGCUCCAACUCUGAACCGUGAGAGUAUCUACCGUCUAGUCCGUGAGCGAGAUCCCCACGGCGUCAUCACCUACAAGCAGAUCGGAUGGAGAAACGAAGAGAACUCCACCUACUCAGCUACUGUACAGGCCUGGAACGGCUUCGGCUACGAGUGUUAUCUGUGCCAUCGACAGUUUAUUAAACUCUCCACACUCAAUCAGCAUUUGAACUCUCCCGCCCAUAAGCAAAAGGUCUACCAUUGCCCUAACGGUCGCUGUGCUAAGUCUUUUGCGACCCUGGCCGGGUUGUUCAAUCAUCUCGAGAGCGAAUCGUGCGGACAUAUGCGAUUUGAAAAUGUUCAGAAACAGGUUGGCGAAGGGCUUAAAGGAGUCACCAGGAGCCAGCAUCGACCGAACAGCGACCCAACGGAAACGUGCCAGGAAGCUGGUGACUAUCGUGGAAUCAUCCCCGAUUUUGCUCGGUUCUUUAUAGACACACAAACACCCAAUCAAACACCCAAUCAAACACCCAAUCAAGAGCAUGAACUUCAACACGUACAUAAGACAGAGAUUCAGUCCCGCUAUUCCAGUGCUUUUCCAGGCAUCAACGUUCUGCUGCUCAAUAGGGCUAUGGGAGCCAACGACGGCGUUGUUCGACACCCAGCUCCAGGGGGCUUUGUUGUCAAGCCAGGUUUUGCCUGCAACAGCCGAUCCCAAGACGCGUUUUCAAGUGGGUACGGUAGCGACAAACCGAUCUGA